GUGUGUGUGUGUGCCUGAGACGGUAAAGUGUGUUGUUUCCCAGAUCCCAUGUGAGCCCGGCCGGCUGUUGAAGCGGUACCCAGGGGGUGGAGUCUGGACAGAGACGGAUGAGUGACAGGUGUUUGAUCCCUGGCAGGCAUGGCUGUGACGGUGGUAUCUGGAGGGUUGUCUGUCAGUGAGGGGGUAUCGGAGACCCUGGAGGACGUCCCCCCCCACGUCUGGAAAGGACUCCCAGAUGACAUGAGGCUCAGGCGGUCCGCUGUCAAUCCAAACCGCAUAGGUGUGUGGGCAGCGCAGGCCCUCCCCAGAGGCAAGCGUUUCGGGCCCUUUAUGGGCGACAAGAAGAAGAGGUCCCAGGUGACCAGUAACGUCUACAUGUGGGAGGUGUACUUCCCUGCGCGUGGCUGGAUGUGUGUGGACGCCACAGACCCCCUGAAGGGGAACUGGCUGCGCUACGUAAACUGGGCUCGCUCCGCCCAGGAGCAGAACCUGUUCCCCCUGGAGAUCAAUAGGGCCAUUUACUACAAGGUGCUCCGGCCAAUCGGGCCGGGACAAGAGUUGCUUGUGUGGUACAAUGGGGAAGACAACCCGGAGAUAGCAGCUGCACUAGAGGAAGAAAGAGCAAGCAGUUUAAGCAAGAAAAAUUCUCCCAGGGCCAAAAGAGCCAGGAAGAAGCUCUUGGAGCGGGAGAGGCUGGCUGCUGUGGGACUGCGUGGCCUCAAGUCAACGGGGCCGGACAGACUCAGAGAUCGAGACAUGCGUGAGUCUGAAGAAGGUGUGUGUGAGACAUGCGUGAGUCUGAAGGCCUGAAUGAGGAUGAGAGUCCCUCCCUGUCCUCUGGGCUCGUGAAGGAGAAGCCUCCCUCCCAGGAGUCCGUCAUAACCACAGUUAGUAUGCACCCCGCCCAGCCCGAC